AUGUCUUUUAGGGACACAGUCACUGCAGAGACCGAGGGCGAUACUAGCGUCUGAUAUCCGCAGCGACAGAUUGAGAAAGAUAACUGACGACAUGUCUGAUUCAGACUCUACUGUUCGUGCUACUGAGGAAUCAAAAGGAGGACUGAAGUAUGAACUUGUUCUUGCUGAACCAUCUGACGCUACUCCACCUCCAAAGCUUGCCUCUUCUCCACCGAAAAGCAACUUAUCAGCAGAGGACAUUGAGAACAAACUAAAAGCUGCAGAAGAAAGGCGUCAGACUUUAGAGGCUCAAAAACUAAAUCAACUAAGUGAGAAGCGCAACAAAGAGCAAGAAGUUAAUCAGAAAAAGCAGGAAUAUAAUACAACUUUCAUGGAAAAGGCUCAAAAAGACUUAGAACAGAAGAUGGAAGAGAAAAAGGAAAACAGAGAAGCCUACAUAAAAUCUAUUCAAGAAAAAUCCCGUGAACACGUGCGACAUGCCGAAGAGGUGCGACAAAGUAAACAAACAAACACCGUUUCGUCUGGCUAAUGCAUGUAAUGACCAACUUUCUACUGUGCUUUUCUUAUACAAAGUGCAAGUUUUUGGAUGUAGAAGCAUUUCCGAAGUCUCCUUUACAGUAGUUCCACAAUGUAACCCAUUAAAUAGAAAUAAGUGCAAAAGGUUUUAAUAUUUAUACUAGUUUGCUCUAUGUAUUUAGAUUACAAGCCACGUCACUUGUGAAACUUGUUUUGUGUUUAUGUACACAAGUUGUUAAUUAUUCCCCCCACACACUGUUUCUGAAUAAGGUCUGUGUAAGUUUUUCACAUGAAAAGAUAUAUAUAUAUAUAACUAAUCUAGAAUACAGCGUAAACUUAUAAACGCCUAAUGUGGGAUUAUACAUGUAAUACCGUACGAUCUUUUACAAGUUAGAAGAUUUUAGUUUAGGCAGCUAUGAAACAUACUUUUAUAUGUUUAAAUGCAUAUAAGAUGCAUACUAUUCAUAACCUAUCUAGUUGUAAUGGUUUUGGCGAUUCAAAGAGGCUUAAUUUUUGCAGAUGCUGCUUUCUUGCAUAUUUGAAGUGAUAAUUACCAAGUUCUUUCCAAGUGUGGUGUUUUGGUGCAUUCAACGUCGAUAUAGUAAAUUGUGAUGUUGAUGUUUUUGUUUUUUGCCAACUACAUAUUUUUAUACAACUUCACGUUUACUUUCUGACCACAUAACUUCUUAGUUGUAGUAGCAUUUCUUCUAUUUUUCUAUUUCACAUUUCAUAUACUAAAUAAACUGUAGAAGUUUGGAAUAUUUGAUUGGAGUUAAACUACAAACUUGAAAAGACGACUUUAUCUAUUUUUAAUGUCAAAAAUGAGGAAGAACUACCAAAGAGUUAAAUAUAUGAAACCUGUUUUGUUUUAUUUCUAAUUUUUGAGUGAAGAUUUCAUUUUUAAACUAAAUUAUCAAUCGUUUAUAAAUAUAAGUUUAUAAAACAUUGAUAAAAGCAACUUAUUUUAGUGUAAAAGUUAGAAUAACUAUAGAAUAAAGUACCAGAGACCUUAUUUCAACCACAGAAAAUAAUGACUUGUGUCAUGUGAAACAAACAUACAUUGACCAUUUACAAAAUUCUAACAGAUAUCGAGAUGUUUUAUUUUGUAUACCAGUUAACGUAUUUCACAGUAAUAUUAAAAAUAAUGUGCUAAAUAUAAUGCAACUAUGAAAAAUAUAAAAACAGUCAUAAACUAUUAACCCAGCGUACCAUAUAUUUACACAUGUUCUGUAUGUUUGACUGAAAAUUUACGUUAACUAUGCUUGUUGAGCUUGUGCUGUAUUAGUGUAUUGUAAUUCGAAAUAAAAUGCUUCUUUUAAACAUUAAA